AGAAGCCCAAAGUGGAGUCUUGAGGCGAAAUUGAACACAAGAGAAUUGAACGCCCUGAAAAAUCUGUCGGUUGAGACCGUUCGCCCUUUCUGCGGCAGUCUCUUUCUAGUCUCGGUCGUGGUCUGCCGUCGUCUGGGCCCGGGGAUCAUGCGAUUUGUUCACUUACGCAACACAAAUCGUGAUUGCAUCCCCCCCUGUUUUUUGUUUGUUUUGUCUCUUUCUUUUUCGGCUUGAUGCAGCUCAAAGUCGUAGCCAUUUAGCCCAGCAGUUCCUUCUUCUUCCUAUUAUUCUUUCUUUUUCUUUUUUUUUAAUCGUUGCGCGUUGUUGCAUCAACAAGUCAGCUCAAGUCAUCAUGGAAGAUUGGCCGGGCCAACCAGGUGAGCAAGAGCUUGCCUCGAAAAUGCUGCAGAUCCAGUCGAAGAGGUUCUACCUUGACGUGAAACAAAACCGGCGCGGCAGAUUCAUCAAAGUGGCAGAGAUUGGAGCUGACGGACGCCGGAGCCAAAUCUUUCUGGCUUUGUCGACAGCGGCGGAAUUCCGUGGCCACCUAUCGGCCUUUAGUGAUUUCUACGCUUCUCUCGGUAGUCCGCCCAAUCCUGACAACUUGCCCGAGGAUGGUAAACUCAAGUCGGAAAUGAUGACCAAGGACAAUCGACGUUACUAUCUCGACUUGAAGGAAAAUUCACGCGGGCGUUUCCUUAGGGUGUCUCAAACGAUAGCUAGAGGAGGGCCCCGUUCGCAGAUCGCUAUACCUGCCCAAGGAAUGAUUGAAUUUCGUGACGCACUCACCGACCUACUCGAGGAAUUUGGCACCGACGAUGGCGGAUUCAAAGGUGAGCUACCAGAGGGCCGACACUUGCGCGUGGAAAACAAAAACUUUUACUUUGACAUCGGCCAAAACAAUCGAGGCAUUUACAUGCGCAUUUCAGAGGUCAAGACCAACUACCGUACGGCUGUGACCAUUCCGGAAAAGUCUUGGUCCCGCUUCCGUGACAUCUUCUCCGAUUACGUGGAUAAAAUGAAGGAUGGUGGCGGCGGUGGUAAUGGUGGAGGUGGUAGCGCAGGUGGAGCAGCAGCCGCUGCAGCCGUAACGCCCAUUUCGUCUGCUGCGGCCGCCGACAGUUCGCCAGGACCUUCUUCCGGCUCUCACAAGAAAUGAGAACGAAUCACUGGGUUUUCAUUUUUUUUUUUUUUUCCCCUUUUUCUCCAGUUACCCCUCUCCCCAUUCGCUUCACACUUUUAAAAAAUGAUUUUGUGAUCAACUGAAACUAUUCAUCAAACCAUCUCUUCUUCUGUGAGGAUCGAAGAAGGACAAAAGAAAUUAAUGAAUCAGCAGAUGAAUCAACUGAAAACGAAAAUGGUCGUGGACGUCGCCCUUAACAAAAAAGGAUGGCUCAUAAAAUGGAUGAUAGAAAAUCCCCCCCCCCCUUUUCUCGCUUCGUAGUAUGGAACUUCCAUUCCACGACACAGACCCUGUGUUUUAUUUAUUUUUUCUUUUUUAAGUUUUUUUUUUUUUUUUUUUUUUCGUUUUGGUUAAGAAUUUUUUUUCCUCCAAAAAAUCCUCCAUUUUCUUUUCCUUCAUACCCAUCCCCAAAAGUAACAACUGCCGCUUGGUAGAUGGGGCAGUGUUUGUGUUAAUCAAAUCUUAAAAACAAAAAAAAAAACAAAAAAAAACAAAAAAAAUUCUCGUGGGCUUGAUAAGUUUGUUGUUGACAGGCAAGAUGAGAGUGCGUGAGUUUUCGUUUCUAUUUUUCGUUUAUUUUUAUUAUUUUUCUUGAUGGGCAGGUCAGGCUUUUUUUUUUUUUUCGUUUGUGUUUAUGGGUGCCACUGCGAGUCCGAGUCGAUUAGAGAAUGUGCGAUAGAGCAAACGAGAAUGCCGAGAGAAACCUUUGCUGUGAUGUUAUCUGUGCGUCAUUUCGAUAUUGAAAGAUGAGAAAAAAAAAAAAAAAGAAAAAAAGAUGAUCCUGCUAGACUGUCCUAGACAAUUGUCACGCGGGCCUCUCUUUCAAUCGUUGGAUGACGUUCGGCCUAGCUGUUGCCACACCUAGUGUCCCUCUAACCCUCUCCCUCCCAGAUCCCCCCCAUAUGAUUUCACGUCAAGAUAUUUGCAAAUCAUCAAAUAUUCAAAAAGAAAAAUCAUUUAAAAUGAUUAAACAUCCAUUUCUUUAAAAAAAAAAAAAACGUCCUCUUUAAAUUGUCGGUUCCACGUUUGUCCCUUUUUUUUUUUCUUUUGAUGCUUUUUUUUUUUUUCUCUCUCAUAUCGAUAGGCAAUUGUUAUUAUUAAAAAAGAUAAAUAGGAGCAAAAAAUUGAUGGUUGUGCAGCUACGUCUUCUUGUAUUGUGGGAAUAGAUCCACCAUGGAACGAGGAGGAAGCGAUAUUUUGACCUUAACCUUUUGUUUGUUUGUUUGUUUUUUUUAUCGGAAAAAUAUCCCCUCGUGUCAUAAUUCAAAUUAUAUAUCUCAAGCAAUUCAUACAAAUUUUGGAGAAAAACAACAUCCAAUCGACCGUCAUUUGCAUUUUCUGUGACGUCGUAGAUUUAAAAAAAUUCCCAUUCCCAGCCGAAAAAAAAAAAGAAAAAAGCGGAACAAACCAAAAAUUGGCAAGGAACUAUAUCCGUUUAUUACACAGAGGAAACCCGCAAAGACAAAUUAUCAACAAAACCAAGAAGAAAAAAACAAAAAAAACAAAAAUCACAGGCCGCUUCUUUCUUUCAUAGUUUUGUCCGAUUGGAUCAAAAAGACUUGAUUAAGCCACCCCCUCCCCCCCAUAUAAAAACUAUGAUAACUUACUAUUACUACCAUUAUAACUAAGUUAACCAAGAAUCUAGCAAAAGCGUGUUAGGAAAUCGAUGUAGCAAAUUUAUCUGAAUGUGCGUUUGAUGUAUAACUCGUUUGAAAACAGA